GACGACUGUUAAGCAAAACAGCUGAGCUGAGCAUGGGAAUGUGGCUUUGCUCUUAUUGUUAAAUUCGUGUAUUAAAUUGUUAAGCACAAGUUGCUUUAUUAACACCGAAGUUUGCGGCAAUUCACUGCCUCAAACCUGUGGCAGCAGACACAGCGUUUACACAGCGCCCUGGGCAGCGAAACUGAAAAGCCGCCCCACGCUUACAUAAUCGCCCAAUGAGUUUGCACAGCAAUUUGGUGCGACGCUUCCUCGACAAUUGGCCCGGCAAGCGACGCUUUGGCAUCUAUCGCUUCCUGCCCAUCUUCUUUGUGCUGGGCGCCGCACUCGAGUUCUCCAUGAUCAACUGGACGGUGGGCGAAACGAAUUUCUAUCGCACAUUCAAACGUCGCCAGGCAAAGAACUACGUGGAGGAUCAGGCGCAUAUAGAGCAACUGCAGCAACAAGCAAAACAGCAGCAGGAAUAGACAAUUAGAGACACAGCUUAACGAUGCCCGCUGGCGUCUCGUGGGGACAAUACAUGAAAUUCUUGGGCAGCGCAAUGCUGGCCAUGAUGGCUGGCUCCCAAGCGGUUCACUUGUACUUUAAGCCGCUGGACGAUCUGCCCGCGUACAUAGCCAAGGAGCAGCAACAGCUGCAGCAGCCAGAGAAAUCUACAAACAGUUGACUUGCAAAUUAAAACAU